AUGGCAAAGCAGAGCAAUGAAGGCAUGGUUGUUCUGAACUGGCGUGAUAAACGCGACGUACGGAUGCUUACCACGAAAACGUCUGCUCUUGAAAUGGUGCCAAAUAAUAGCAGAAAUACGAAAGCAAUGCACACUAAACCCAAAUGUAUAGCUGACUACAAUAAAGGUGCUGCAGAUACUUACAAAUCAAAAUGGUUUACUUACGACGAGUUUGCUUUCAUGGCCGAUAAGAAUGACUCCGGGACAACAAGGGAUACACUCCAACAGGAAGAAAGUAAUAGCACCACUGGUAGCGGAGAACAUGCUAUCAAUGAAAAUGCUCUAGAAAACGUAGACAAUCACACAACUGAGAAUGUUAAUAAUCAAAUGCAAGAUAUGAAUGAUCAGUGUAUACGAACUGAACCUUCUGUACCAUCUGAACAACCUGCUGCCCAAUCUAAUGUGCAAAACACCCAACACAAUGUUCAAACCCAAAAAAGGAAUCAAAAUAAAAGAAGAAAAAAAAACAUCUUCACAUGGUUCCGAAGAUAUUAUGAUAACAGAUGA